AUGCUCUCGCAGAGGGCCCUUAUAAUAAUUUCAGAGUACCGAGAGGGCCGCGAGCCGAUGCCGACGCCAGUCACGAGAAAGAGCAUCCUCGAAAUCAACGAGGAACUGUUGGCAGAAAAACGUCCAGGAAAGCCGGAUACAAUUAUGCAUGACGAUCUUUCCGAGAGCCUGAACCAGCCGCAGCUUAUUUGGCUUCCCCAAAAACGGAGAAAGGAGAAGCGAAGUUUGGCUGAUCUGGCGAUGAAUAAGAAGAAAUUGACAAACAUCUCUCUGUUGGAUAAUUUCAAGCCACCCGAAGGAACGGUUAUAAAAAUGACGAACCCAAUCACACGACAUUCGCGAUGGAUUGAUCCGGAGCUCAAACGACUCGGGUACAAAGUCGAACCGAUUCAAGGAACCAAGGUUCGACCACCGACCCAAUUGGAGAACUUUCAAUGCACUCCAAUCAAAGCAUAUCCAUCCUUUGAUGAUGAUGACAGCCUUGCUAGUCGACCGAUGACCCCAGUUGAAAUUCAACGACUACGACUUUUGCCAUCGCCUAUCGUCCGCAAAUGCAUGGAUGAUGCUCUUCGGCUCGGGGUUCUGGAUCAAGACGACACGAGUAUGAUCAUGAAUAGAAUUCGAAAAGAUGAAUACGAGGGAACACCAAGCAGAGGCAACACUCCAGAGCAAGGCAAAAAGGGCAGAAAUAUGAAAGAUCUCGAUAUGAAAAACCCUCAGCGACUUAUUUCGCCACUGAAAUAUCAACGCCAGCCAAGAAACUCUGGCGAUCCGAUUUAUAAGAUUGACAACAAAGAAGUUAUUAAACCGAAGUGGAAUCGACAGCCUAUUGCUUACAGACCCGAUCACAAGACAGAACCAAUAGUACCACUCCACCUCGAAAUUCCAUUCUUCCGCGAGAGUCGCGAUCGACGACUUCAGAAUCGAAUGCAAAACUGGGAGCGCUCUCUCCGCGAAACAUCAAGAGAACCGAAGGCACAUCAACGCGCUCGCCAGCAGCAGCAGCAUAAUCAACUUCCAUACGGACAAUAUGAACGGUCGCUUUAUGCUCAAGAAGAAUUCUCCCGCAGAGGCGUCGAUUACCCGAGACUCCACAUGCAUGGAGAUCUGUGCGACGAGUCAAGCCAGCACACUGGGCCUCUAUCCGCUCGACCGGAAGCGCCUCCAUCAUCUCCCUGUCGCGCAAUGUUCAAUUCUUGA